CUUGUUGGUGCCAUCGAGUCGAACAAUGCCGUUGAAGUUGCAAAACUCGUCCAUAAAGGGGUUGACGUUAACUGUAUCAUCCUGAUUCAUAAAACACCCUUAAUAUAUGCAAUUGAACGCCGAUCUCUGAACCCAGAAAUACCCGUGAUGUUAUUAUAUGCCGGAGCGGAUGUGGAGCAUCCAGAAGUAGUAGCAAGAAGCCGGAGGCCAAUCCAUGUUGCCGUUAUGACUGGAUCUUUGACAUUGGUUAAACAUUUAUUGCGAUUUCAUGCUCGAAUUGAUGGUCUUGAUGGGUCAAAUAUGACAGCACUACAUUACGCCUCUUAUUAUGGCUUUCAAGACAUAACAUCUGAAUUACUAGCUCGUGACCCCAAACACUUGAUUCAUAUUGGUGAUAUUACUGGAAGAACGGCUAUACAUCGAGCUAUCGAAAGCAAACAUUACGGCUUGGCAGAAUUGCUUUACCAAAAUGGAGCUGAUAUUAAUAUGCCCGAUAUCAAUGGUUGGACACCAUUAUUCCAAAGUAUUAUCUUCAACGAUACAAGUAGCGUGAAAUAUUUACUCAAUCGUAAUGCUCAAGUGAACAUUAGAGACAAGAAUGGCAACACGCCUUUACAUGCCGCAUGCAAC